AUGGCUGAACAGAUUGCGAAGAACGCCCGUGAUGCGUUCACUGUGCUCAAGACACUGUCUAACGAGGAGAGAAAUGAAGCCCUGAAAGCCGUCCACGAUGCCCUUGCACAGACCAAGCAGGAGAUCCUCACAGCCAACAAGGAGGACAUGGCCAACGCUACAAAGGCCAACCUGUCUUCCAGUCUGGUGAAGAGACUGGACUUGUCCAAAGGAGACAAGUUUGACGUCAUGCUUCAAGGUGUGCUGGACGUUGCCUCUCUGGAGGACCCUGUGGGGAAAGUCACCCUGGCGAGACAGCUCGAUGAAGGCUUGGACCUGUAUAGGGUCAGUGCGCCAGUGGGAGUGCUGUUGAUCAUCUUCGAGUCCCGUCCUGAGGUGAUUGCCAACAUCACUGCGCUGGCCAUCAAGUCAGGAAACAGUGCCAUCCUGAAAGGUGGCAAGGAAUCGUUGCACACGUUCACUGCCAUGGCCAACGUUGUGAACGAGGCCUUGAGCCAUACAAAGGUCCCACGCAAUGCCAUCCAGCUGAUCGAAUCAAGGGAAGAUGUGGCCCAGCUGCUGGACCAGGACCAGUACAUUGAUCUGGUCAUUCCAAGAGGCUCCAACCAGCUCGUGAGAAACAUCAAGAGCAAUACAAAGAUCCCAGUGCUGGGCCAUGCGGAUGGUAUCUGUUCCAUCUACGUCGACAAGGACGCAGACCUCCAGAUGGCUGCUAAGGUCGUCUUGGAUGCAAAGACGAACUACCCUGCUGGCUGCAAUGCUGUGGAGCAGCUGCUGAUCCACAGAUCGUUGGCUAGCAAGACUCUGGAGGUUGUCCAGUUGCUGCUGGAGAGUAACGUCACGCUCCAUGUCACGCAGCAAGUUGCAAGCCACUUGCCAGAGUCCGAGCUCAUAGUGCCAGCAGUGGAUGGUGACUUCGACAAGGAGUUCUUGUCCUUUGACAUUGCCGUGGACUUCACUGACGACGUUGAUUCUGCCAUAAAGCACAUCAACGAGCAUUCAUCUGGUCACACUGAGUCUAUCAUCACCGAGAACAGGGAGACUGCUGAGAAGUUCCUGAAAGCCAUAGACUCGUCUGGUGUGUACUGGAAUGCCUCAACGAGAUUUGCAGAUGGCUUUAGAUAUGGGUUCGGUACCGAAGUUGGUAUCUCCACCAAUAAGAUCCACGCUAGAGGCCCAGUGGGCCUGGAAGGCUUGGUGAUCUAUCAAUACCAGAUCAGAGGCCAUGGACAAGUGGUUGGCGAUUACUUGGGAGGUGGUGGAUCACGUGAAUUCAUCCACAAGGACAUCGACAUCAGAGGUGUCACUCUAUAA